AUGUGGUUCUUGUCCGCGGCCGAAACGGCCGGGAUAGUCAUUUGGAUUUGCUCAACGGCUACCAACGGCCUUACUCCUGGGCCUGAAGUGAGUGGUGAGGAUGGUGUUUUUGUUGAGUCUGCCCUAAUAUUACCGUUCGAAAAGAGGACCGCACAGGAACAAGGCCCGUGUACCUACUUUACACAGAACUAGGGAUGUGAGUGCCUCCUUCUCUUCCUUCUCCGCCAUCGGGUUUAAUCUAACUAUACUAAAGAGUUUGAUGUAAAUAGGUAUAACGGGCAAGGAUUGGCAAAAAUGUAUACUGGCGGUUCCCUCCAAAGAGCCAUUCGCCCGCCAAACAAUCGAUGCUCUCCGAGUGAUUUUCAAUCUCCCGUCCUCAACGGGAUAUCAUGAAAGCCCACCACCGGAAUUAGAACUCCCGGCGCUUAACCUCAAUGCUACGUUUGACAAGAUGGAGGCAAAGGUCAAUACCGAGGUGUACCAGAAUCACUGGUCAUUCAAGCCCGAUCUCAUGGUACUCUUCAACAGAUAUCGCGACGGGCACACAUCGCUCAACACAAUGUGUAUGCAUGGAUACUACUGGAUUCAUGCUUACCUCGUCGUUCUCUUUGAGUAGGAGGUCAAGGGUCGAAAGGUAUGGGAGGCUUGGAGUGUUGAGAAAGACCGGAACGUGAAGAGCUGGGAAGGGGCCAAAUUGGGGGACGAGGUCGUCAUGAUCAACGACCAGCCAGCCUUGGAGUGGUUCGCUCAAUACACACAGACAUCCAUGGAGUCGGGCGCAAAUGUUGACCCGGACUCGAGGAUGAGGCAGGUGGAGUUCACGGUUCCAACCGGCCUGUCCCGUGGGAUGUUUGCCGUGGGAUGUUUGCGAAAAGACAAAUGUGGAAUGGAGAGGAGUUGUCCAUUCAGUGGGAGAAUGGGAGGAGGCGGAGUGUUCCUUGGACGGUCCAGUUUACGAGCCAGAUGGUUACAGACGGGGAGUUUAGGUUCAAUAGCGUGAAAAUCCUGGAAAAGCUUUGUUUUCUCAACCAGACUGAGAUGGAGAAGAUGAUUGGGCCGCCACCCUCUGAGACCCGGAAAAGAUCCAAGGUAACGAGGUUGGGAGAGAGUUUGAUAAAUAGAUCCUCGUCCGCGUUUGAGGGAUCAGCAGGUAUCCAGAAGAGACAGGAACCAGCCGUGGUAGAAAGACCUAGCGGUUAUCCACUGGCAAGGGCCAGUGGUCCAGAAUUCGCCGUGGAGUCGUUUAUCCUGCGAGGUGAUCCUGAGACAGCAAGUAUUCGUUUCGGUACGUUCAGGGAACAGGACCGGAACAUGUUCAAAGAGUUCAGCAAAGGUUUCCAAAACUUUAUUACAAAAGAGCUGGUUUCGCUCAAGAAGGACGGUGUUAAACGGCUCGUGAUCGACGUAUCCCACAACAGCGGAGGACAGGCUGUCCUUCCAUACGAUGUCCUGAGCCAGCUGUUCCCCGAAAGGCAGAAAUUAGCAGCAUGAACAUCCGCUGGUCACCAACUACCUGGGCACUAGUUCAGAACUUUGACAACGGGAGAUAUAUGGAAUAUUACAAGGAUGAGAACAUGCAAGACUUCAAGAGUAAGGACCAGUGUUUGGGCCCCAUAUUUCGCGAUGGAGGAUGGUACUCUCCGAAGUGGAAACAGGACUUUGAACAGUAUGCCCAAGAGUCAUCUAGUAUUGACCCGAAGCAUACUGGCUCUCAGCCGUUUGAAACAGAAAACAUCAUUGUGGUGAGCGCUUGCCUAGCCAAGUAUGGGAAGGGACCCCGCUAAAAGUCCAUAGAUAAGCAACGGGAUUUGCGCCUCCCCCUGUGCAUCCUUCGUGGAAGGCCUUCAAGAACACGGUGUCCGAGCCGUCGCAUACGGCGGCCGUCCAAACUCCAAAACCCCAAUGCAAGCCGUUGGCGGCACCAAGGGUGGGGAAAUGAUAGACAUAGAGCAGAUAUACCAGUCCCUCGCGAAAGCAGUAAUUGACAAGCGCUACACCGACUCACCACCCUCAGCCUGGAUGCCCCCAGCGAUGCUCCUCCGAGUCCUCAAGGGGUCCCUAAACCUUGAAAACAAGUUCCGCGACGGAAUCGGCACACCACCGCAGUAUCUUUACACCCCGCCGUGUCGCAUGCUCGGCUUCAACAAGGAUAUGUUUGUGGACAUCAUGGUGCUCUGGGAGGAGGCGAGGGCACCCAUGUGGGACUAG